AGGUUGUCUCUUGGUGAAAUGAUUGUUUUGGGGGUUGAUUGAGGGUUUUUGCUUAAUAUAAAAAAGCUGAUGGGAUACAUUGACUACUUAAAAAUAAAUAUUUUUUUUUAACUGACCUGUACAAGUGCAGAUUAAUCAAACCCAUGUCUUUGCAUCAGUUUGAUUAAUUGCGGCAGGUAAGAUGACUCGAACGGUGUCCUGCAGACUCGGCACCGAGCCUGUGAUUGUCGUUUUUAUACCACUGUGUCUUUUCAGAUGUGUGUUCUUGGUAAGUAGACACUGAUAGCUAUGUGUAGUGUUCUUGCCAAAUUCCUAAAACUCUUCUUUGUUGUCUGUAUCUCGAUUUUUCUCUGUGUUAUAUUUUUAGUAGCGAAGCCAUCCAACGUGAGUCGCUUGUUUCAGUAAACCGUCUAUAUGAAAAUUGAGGGCACAACCCAACUGGAGAAGCAGCUGUGCCUGCUAACGUUUGGUUCAUGACUUAGAAAACACGUUCAGGCUCCAUCCCAGACGAGGCUAAAGCGUUGUCGCUGUUGGCGCCUGCUAACGCUGUCGCAGGAAUUCUGCCAGGAGGAGGACUUCUGCCCACGCCCAAUCCCAUCUCCAACCCAGCUAUGGGAGGAAACCCUUUUGGUCCCAGUAUGGAUGCAAUGGCUGCAUUUGGAUUCCCGGGAGCAAAUAUGAAUCCUCAGGCUGCUGACCAGUUCCUUAAGCUCAUGACGGAUCCAAAACUCAAUCCUUUGGCUGCAACCAUGAAUCUGAACGUGGGCCUGAAGGCCGACGCGAGCAAUAAAGAAAUUGAAGAGGCCAUGAAGAGAGUACGAGAAGCCCAGUCACUCAUUUCUGCUGCCAUUGAACCUGGAAGUAAAGAGAGUAAAAAGAAACACUCUCGAUCCCGGUCCAGGUCCAGGAGGAGGCGGUCCAGAUCACGCUCAAGACACAGACGAUCCAGGAGCAGAUCACGGCGACGCUCAAGAUCGAGAAGCAGGAGGCGCUCGAAGACCCCACGCAGGCGACGCUCCCGUUCGAGAGACCGGGGCAGACGGUCUCGAAGCAGAUCCAGAGAUCGAAAGAAAGAUGAUUUUGGGAAAAGACGAUCUAAAACGCCCCCUAAAAGCUACAGCACGGCCAGGAGGUCCCGCAGUAUGAGCCGGAGGCGCAGGAGAAGUCGCAGCAUCAGCCGAUCCCCAAAACGGAGAAUCUCUAGGUCUCCAUCUCCUCGAAGACACAAGAAGGAGAAGAAGAGGGAGAAGGACCGCAGGAGUGACAAAGAGCGCAGCGGCCAUGAGGAACGCGAGCGUUCGGCCAGCAAGAAAAAGAGGGUUAAAGACGAACGGGAGAGGAAAUCUGAUGGCGAGAAAGGAGACGUGAAGGUCACCAGGGAUUAUGAUGAAGAAGAACAGGGUUAUGACAGUGAGAAAGAGAGAGGCGGCAGGAAGUACUCCGAUGACUCGGCAGUGUCCCCGCAGUCAGUAGAGGGUAACAACAGUACGGCGCGGCCUGCAAAGCAGGUCAAAGUUAAUGGUGCUGAUGACCACCGCGAAGAGGACAUGGACGUCAGCGACUGAGCACGCCGUCCUGCUCCUUAGGUUUGUCUGUUGUGAAGCGAAGCACCCAUCCCAAUCUAAAAUGUAAACCCUGCUGCAAACAAGUAGAUGUUUGACAAGAAGGGGUUGAUAGUUCUGUUGAAAUUUUACACCGUUAGUCAUCUUUGUUUGGAAGUACAAAUAC